CGCGGGUGUUGGGAAGGCUUGCUCGGCGUUCUGUUUGCGGCGCUCGUGGUCUGUGGUUCUGUGCGCUAACAGCAGAGUAAUGUCCGGCCGUGGGAAGCAGGGAGGUAAAGUCAGGGCUAAGGCCAAGUCACGCUCGUCGCGGGCUGGGCUGCAGUUCCCCGUGGGCCGCGUACACCGGCUGCUCCGGAAAGGUAACUAUGCCGAGCGAGUAGGGGCUGGAGCGCCCGUCUACAUGGCGGCCGUGCUGGAGUACCUGACGGCCGAGAUCCUGGAGCUGGCGGGCAACGCGGCCCGCGACAACAAGAAGACGCGCAUCAUCCCCCGCCACCUGCAGCUGGCCAUCCGCAACGACGAGGAGCUCAACAAGCUGCUGGGCAAGGUCACCAUCGCGCAGGGCGGGGUGCUGCCCAACAUCCAGGCUGUGCUGCUGCCCAAGAAGACUGAAAGCCACAAGGCUAAGAGCAAAUAAGUUCAAUCAACGGAACUGCUCAGAUUUUUUUAAAGUACAUAUAACCCAAAGGCUCUUUUCAGAGCCACCCAUGUAGUCAGAAAAGAGUUGGGUUGCUUUCUUUGUGAUAGUGCUUUUGGUGUCAAGUGUUUCUUUCAUGCUGCCUUUGUUUUCACAUUUAAAUCUAUGUUCUGUAACAGUGUCUUGAAAUUUUAGGUUCCUACAUAAGACCUGAGAUACUUCAAUUAUGAAUCAUCCUUUUCAACAAAGAAAAGCUGAAUAUAAACACAGUUUUAUACUAGAUGCUUUUUUUUUCUUGUAAGUGCUUGUUUUAUUCAAUUUGUUCAACUUUAUUGACCCUCUAAAUGGCAUGUUAUGGUCUUAUGCUGUGAAAUGAAGGGGGGCAAGAGGUAGCUAAAAGGUGGGAAAAACACCAUGGUACAUAAGAAAAUAAGUGAAUGACCUGACUCCACAUAACUACAGCUAACAAUGAGUAAAGGUUUCCUUAGGAGGUCUGUGGUCUUUUAAAAAAGUUUUAACUGUGGCUGUACUUUGUUAUAUAGGUAUUGAAUUGGGAAUGCCUUAGGGGAUAUAGCUUAUUUUGAUCUGGACCCUCAACUAGUCAGACUCAGGCAUUAAAUCACCAACUGUAGCAUCUUUUCAUUCAGAAGAAACCAGCACUGAUACGUUCCUGUUUUAAGCAGGAUUUUCAGAUGUGAAAGUCUUUUUAAGUUACCUAACAGUGCAUUGCUAUUCCUCUGUUACAUCAGUUAACAGCGGGCAGCAUUACGUGAAUAAAUCCUGUACUUCUCUGGCACAGAUGUCACCCAAGAACACAGUGCUAAAGCACUUUGGAUUCUCUGUUGUGGGUUAUUAGAAAGUGGUGGGUUCCUCUUGUGAGGGUGUUCCCAGAAGCUGCCUGUGAGUGCAGUGAGGCCAUUGCUCUCACCUGUGCAAUGGGUCUGUCCCCUCGAUCCCCUGAGGAGGAGGAGCAGAGCUGCAGAGGAAGAAAAAUACCACCUAUAGCAAGGCAAACGCCCCCCACACACACCCCAGCUGUAGCAGAAAUGCUCUUUAGGGAGGGCUCUCAUAUCUGAAGUAGGAUAUUGGGGAUAAUUGGUGCAGAGAGACAGAAUGGAAGUGAGGCAGAAAAGUGGUCUGACAUGGUAGCAGUAUCUGUGCUUAAUGGUUGUGUUCCGCAAUGAUAUAAAAAUGUGUUCUAACAUGCAAAUUUAUUUUAUGUUGAGUCUCCAGAACAGAGUUCUUUGUGUGUUUGUGUGUUUUGAGGAUUGGAAUAGCUGGAUCAAAGCAUUGCAAUGCCAUAAAAAGCACAGGGGUUGGAGGCAUCUGUACCCAGGUGUGGAAUCAGAUCACGAACAAGAUCUUGGACAUUGCAAUCAGUUGGAACCAUGGGAGAGGACCCCUGCCCUUUGCUGCAUGCAGGGAUACAUCCAGCAUGGCUUACAGAAUUCUUUUUGUCUGACCAGCAAUUCACUAUUUUUCUCUACAAUCUCAUUCAAAGCACUGUCUAUUUCUCUCAAAUCUCUUCUCAAAUCUGUAAUUUUAUCCUCUGUAAUACUUAUGUCCACUUCUAAGCAUUCCCUAUUUUUGUCCUUAGUUACUAGUGGUUGUACUGGUUGUGAUUCCAGUGCUGCCAACACACUGAGGCUCCAAAGCUAUGCAUCCUGGAAGUCAGAUAAUUCUGAGGUAAAAUGAGUUAUCACGUAAGAGUGAUAACUCAUUUUACCUCAUAACUCAUUCUGGCCAGCCUUCAGUAGUUAAAGACCAGUGGCUUUCAGGCAAAUUAUGCUGGAUAAAGAAAAAGAAGAGGAAAAAAAAAUAAUUCCCUCAAACAAUGUAGGUUAAUUAGAUUCAUCAGUAACUCUGUAAUGCCAGUCUAUAUAUCAAGCCUUAGAAUUGCGUAGUUUAAAAGCAAAAUUAAAGAUUUGUGCAUAAUUUUUCACCUUUAUUUUCAACGUUAAGAAUAGAGGCAUGCUAAAAAACAAAAAUAAAAAUCCCACAUCUCUUUAAUUUGCAUUAUUCCAGUUGUAAUAGAUACAGACACAGACAUAAAUUGCCACUUAAGCUUUCAAGAAAAUCAAGGGUAAUUUUGAAGUCAUAUAUAGUUCACUUGUGCUGAUUUUUAUUUAUUUAUUUAUUUAUUUUUUACUUAGGAUGAUGUUUGAUCCACGUAACACUUAAUGUCCCCAAGCCACAGUAAAAGGAACUUUAUUAGAAACUACUGAGCAACAAUUUUCAUUCUGCCUCAAGUGUUUUUUGUAUAAGAAAAGCUGCUGGUCCAUGACAGAGCUGGGAAUAUAACUAAGAGAAACACAUGGGAAACACCUGUCUGUGGUCACUACAGACAAGGCAGCUACCUAGGAAGUAUGAUAUCAAAGUAUUUUAAAUAUGCUCCACACCUUGGGGAAAGUGGGUUGCAUUAAUCAAUCUGUAGGCUACUGGUCUCAGCCUCUGCAACAACUGUUCUGCCGGAACACUUCGGAAGGCUAUUUUUCUGGUGUUUCAGUGCUUAGACUGCUGGAGGAGAAAAUGACACAAGGAUACUCACCCUGCACUAGGAGUUGUGAAGAAAUUAUAACUCUAAAAGAAGAAAAUAUUUCCUGUAAUUCUUUUAUGAUUUGUUAAGUAUUCUGGUGGUGGUUUUAAAUGUUUUGAAACUCCACUGCUUCAGGAAACAUGUCUAGACACAGAACUUUAGGUAUAAAGAACAAAGCAGACACCAUGCAGCCAAAUGGUAAUUGUUGGUACCAGCUUGGCAGGUCCCCCACUGGCAUGCCUUCCAGCUGCUUUGUGAAUAACUUGAGUUCUUUCUGUUCAGUCACAAGGCAACAAAAUGAAAGCUGCUUCUACCAAUUCAGGUUGUAUGCAUUUGGUAGGUAAUUCUUCCAUUUUCAUUUCAGUUCAAACUUAUUGUAAAUAAAUUCAGAUUGUAGUACUACUUAUAAUCAUAGAAAAGACUUGUGCUUUCUUGGAUACCUGUAAAUUAAAAAUUGAAAAUCUC